ACCGUUAUCGGUGUGGGUCAGUGAUGACGUCAGAACGGUGGGCUGUGCCAGGUUUAUUUAUAAACUCAGUGACCAACUCGUGAUUUGGCCACGUAUGUGUGUACGGUAUUAUGAAGUGCGCACCGCCCGAGCUAGCUAGCUAGUACCAGUGGUAGUGGUCAGUGGUAGUGGUCAGCCACAUUUGGACAGUGUGUUUGGGUAACUUCUAGUUUUGGUGGCAGCCUUUUUAGUUAAAGGCUCACAGUCACCAACUUUUGGAGUUGCUGUUUGGACAGCAAUUUAAGGUUGCUCCUUGCAACAGUCAAAGUUUGAUUGACAACGUUUGGAAACGUGUAAUACUGACCAACGCGAUGUUGGCUUUUGAGUUUCCGUGUGGACAAGUCGAACUUGGAGGGGUCUCAGGGAUCACCUCCAAGCUUGCUGAGCUGAAAACCUUCCAUGAAAAUUUUAAGCUGAACACAUCCUCAGCAAUGCCGGAGUGUAUCGAUGAGAAGAGACCAGCAAGACCAACAACGCUGGACACGGGCCACAAUCUCAGGAAAGAAACUACUGCCACCCAGCCCAUGAUGAUCCAAGGGAAGGACACCUCUACAGCCAAGCGCCAAAGAAGAAACAAGAAGAAACGCACAAGGGCAUCCGACAGCUUCAGUGGCAGAUUCAAAGAUAUGUACCAUCUGAAGGACGACAUCUUGGGAGAUGGUGCCCACGCCCGUGUCCAAACCUGCCUCCACCUCCUGACUGGGAAAGAGUUCGCUGCUAAGAUCAUAGAGAAAAGACCAGGCUACACAAGAUCAAGGGUCUUUAAGGAGGUGGAAACCCUGUACCAGUGCCAGGGACACAAGAACAUCAUUGAGCUGAUUGAGUUCUUUGAGGAGGAGGAAAGAUUCAUCCUAGUGUUUGAGAAGCUGAGAGGAGGACAACUGCUGGACCAUAUCCAGAGAAAACAGCACUUUGACGAACGGGAAGCAGCAUACGUCACCAGGGACAUUGCCAGUGCCCUAAACUACCUCCAUUCUAAAGGCAUUGCCCAUCGUGACCUGAAGCCAGAGAACAUCUUAUGUGUGCUGGAAGAGGAAGUCUCGCCUGUCAAGAUCUGUGACUUUGACCUCGGCAGUGGCAUCUCCUACAGUGAUACCCCAGUCACUACCCCUGACCUGUACACACCGGUGGGCUCAGCGGAAUACAUGGCACCUGAAGUGGUGGAAACAUUCAACAACGACGCAGCUUCUGUGUACGACAAGCGCUGUGACAUGUGGAGCCUUGGCGUCAUUGUAUACAUCAUGUUGAGUGGGAGACCUCCGUUCUAUGGCCAGUGUGGCAGUGACUGUGGCUGGGAGAGGGGAGAGGCCUGUAUGGCUUGUCAGAACAUGUUGUUUGAGCGGAUAGGACAGGGUCACUACGAGUUUCCUGACCCGGAGUGGAACCACAUCUCUGACCAGGCUAAGGACCUCAUCUCUCACCUGCUGGUGAAGGAAGCCAAGUCUCGCUACAGCGCCUCACAGGUGCUCAACCAUCCAUGGGUCGUAGGAGACGCACCCAAGCUUCCACUGCCCACUCCUGUACUCCUGAAGAGGAACUCCAGUGCUCGUGACCUGACACAGUUUGCUGCCGAGGCAGUGGCCUUCAACCGCAUGAUGUCACUCUCAUUCCACCAGGAGACAGCGGAGGAGGUGUCACCGGGCACCAGCACAGGCACUGUCGUCUGCAGGCUGUCACCCCCCGGGGAGUCCGCCCUGGCUCAGAGACGGAAACAGUCACAAACACGGAACAGAAGCCAGGACUCCCAGGGGGAGGCAGCAGAGCCAUCAUCAUCAUCACCACCUGACCAAUCAUGCGACAGGAAGACCUGAUGAGACCUCCAACCAUUUUUUCAACAGUUGGGGGUAUUUUAGAUGUGAUUUUUUAAAUUUUAAUACACCAGUGCAAAUGAUGGUUAUCGUAUGUAUGAUGUGAGAACACAGCAAUCAUGUGAAGCUCCCAGAGCUUGAGAUUAUACUUCCAAGGGGCCAAUGAAGACAGAAGUCAACAGCCUGGUACCAGAAGCUUGCUAGGCUUUGGUUCUCGGGUUUUCAGGAAAGAUUUCAUGACAGUAGACUUACAAAAACUGAUGAAAAAAUUUUCUAGUGUGUAUCUGUUAGUAUCACACUCAUAAAAGGGAAAUAAUUUAAUGCAGGGGAGAUAUGCAAUACCUUUCAAUUACAUACAUUCCUGGGCUCUGUCAACCAAAGUCAGGCAACCCCAAUAAGGCUGUGGUUCAGCAAAUGUGAACGGCUCCUGUGUUAGAACUUAUUUUUUAUGCUUCCUGACAAAGUUAUGACAACAAAGGACACAAAAGUUUCCGAUAUGUGUAGGAUAUGUAGUGAUAAUAUCAUUAUGAAAUUUUAUUUUGCAGAACUUAAUGGAAUACAAGACCAUUGGUUUAAAUGAGAUUUUGACUGUUGUUCAGUGAAAGGCUUUAUUCUAUAAUAUGAACUUUAAAGCUUAAUCAGCCAGUCUGUCUGAAAAAGCAUCUGAACGAACAAACAAACAAUUCAUUGCGAAAUAGAAUUAAAUGCCAGUAACCUUUUACCUUGAAGUUAGUUUCCAAUAUGGCUGCUUCCAUUGGACCAAAAUGGCUACUAACUCAAGGUCAAAUUUAUCAGUUAGGAUAAAGCCAAUAUGGAGAAGUGUCAUGACAAUAGAGAUGUGCAAUAAAAAAAACAAAGUCCCCUGAGGCUUAUAAUUCUAGAAAAAAUGUAAUAUUAUGGAAACUUGAGAAAAUCACGUAAUUCCCCCUUGAGACAUGCUUUCUAUAGACAUGGACACAUGAUGCCCACAUUUUUCCUAUCCUUCUAACCAAGACUUCUCAGGACUUUGUAGAAACAUACCGUUAAUUUGUAUUCAUGUUGCUAUGCAAGGACAAGAUGUGACUAUUGUCACAUUUCUGGGAACUUCAUUCGGUGACACUAUCCUCUUCAAAGUGUGACAAGGUGCACAUUCUGUGUCCAGAAUUUUUAGAGUUCAGUGUAAGAAUUAAGAUGCGUUACUCAGAAGAUACUAGAGGCUGGUCCAGUUGUUGGAAUGUCGCAUGAGUUUGUGCCAAGUUGGAUGUCUGAAAAAGUGGCCACAGAUGUGGAGUAUGGUGAAAAUGCAUAAGUCUAGGCAUUCGUGUUCAGGGCCAAAAAGAAAGCCUUUUCCUCUAAGAGUUGUUUAUUUUUUGCCCUGAAUACCCAAGACAAUGGUUUGUACUGAUCAGUACAUAUCAGUACAGUUUGUUGACCAGCCUUCAGGAUCUUUGGAGUUACACAGCCUGCUUUUAACAAGAAGCUAUUAGAUAAAUGACAAGAGUGCUGUUCUUUAUGCAGCAGCGCUCCCUUCCUUCUUGUAUGUGAACUGCAGGUCUAUGGAUCACUAUAAACAUUUCUUAGCACUUGAAUGUUUAGUCUAAUAGUGCCCAUGUAAAUUACAUGAUUAUUGUAUCUACCCCGAUUGCAGCACAUGUGCCAUCAAGAAAUUACGAUUUACAAUUGAAGAUUACUAGUUUUUAGGUAAUGAGGGCAAAUUACUAGUAGCCAAGCUACCAGUGAUUGUAAUAAAAUGUAAUAUUCUUUUGCAACUGAGUGACAUGGUUGGAUGUUUUUGCUAUCACUGGAGUAGAAAACUUUGCAUCCUGAACCAAAAUGAUAAUGACUUUGCUGGUCAACAAAAUGUUUGUAUUCAAGUUUGCAAAGGAUAGCAACAUCCAAAUGAUAGUUAUCAAAAGUUUGUGUUCAAAAGUAUGUAUCUCAGUGUAUUUUCCUAAUGAAAGAGUUAUAGAUUGAUAUUGUUAAAGUAUGUCAUACAUCA